UCAUACCUCCGUGUUGGACUUUUCAGUACUCGUCAAAGAGCUGCCUGAAACAGUCACAUAAGAUCUCGGACAAGAUCAUGGCUGUAGGAGUAGCCAUAGAAAGCGAUGGCAAGCAAUAUAAUGGAAAGAUUACAAAGUUUGUGCUGCUGUCUUGUAUGAUGGCGGCUUCUGGAGGACUAAUUUUUGGUUACGAUGUCGGAGUUUCAGGUGGAGUGAGUUCGAUGGACCCGUUCCUGAAGAAAUUCUUUCCAGGGGUUUACAGGAAGAUGAAAGAGGAAUCAGAUGUGAGCAACUACUGCAAAUUCAACAGCCAGCUGCUCACAUGUUUCACCUCCUCACUCUACAUAGCUGGCCUGAUUUUUUCUUUCGUUGCUGCAACUGUGACUCGGAAGUACGGCCGGAAACCAUCGAUUAUCAUCGGUGGACUGUCGUAUAUGGUUGGUGCUGCAAUUGGCGGUGCGGCUUAUAAUGUUUACGUACUAAUUCUUGGUCGCGUUCUGCUUGGCGUCGGGCUGGGUUUUACCAAUCAGUCGGUUCCGUUGUAUCUCGCCGAAAUGGCUCCGUCCACAUACAGAGGAGCCUUUAACAUCGCUUUCCAAAUUUGCAUCAGCAUCGGCCAGAUUUCAGCUACACUCAUAAACUACGGUACUGUAAGGAUCAAAGGUGGGUGGGGCUGGCGAAUUUCCAUUGCUAUGGCAGGUGUGCCGGCUGCAUUUCUUGCACUCGGGGCACUUUUCCUCCCAGAGACACCAAACAGCCUUAUCCAGCACUCUGAUGACCAGGAAAAGGCAAAGAAAAUGUUGCAAAAGAUCCGAGGCACUGAUGAUGUCCAGGCGGAACUAGAAGAUAUUGUCGAAGCAAGUUAUGCCUCACAAGCCAUAAAACACCCUUUCAGGAACCUUAUGCAAAGAAAAUACAGGCCGCAGCUCGUAAUGUCCGUAGCCAUCCCAUUCUUCCAACAAAUAACUGGAAUAAACGUCAUCUCCUUCUACGCACCGUUACUCUUCCUGACUAUGGGUUCUGGAGAGAACGCUUCCCUCAUGGCUGCAACAGUGAUGGGAGUAAUCGGCUCAACUUUCGUUUUAUUGGCAUUGGUGUUGGUAGAUAGAAUAGGCAGAAGGCCCUUAUUCCACAUAGGCGGAAUUCAAAUGUUGGUUUCACAAGUGCUGGUUGGAGGGCUCAUGGCAGCCAAACUCGGGGAUCACGGAUCUAUGGAGAAAGGUUAUGCCUUAGCAAUUCUGCUCUUGAUUUGCGUAUACAUUGCAGGUUUUGGCUUGUCUUGGGGCCCAUUAGGAUGGGUCGUCACAAGUGAAAUUUUUCCACUGGAAAUACGGUCCGCAGCUCAAAGUAUCACGGUGGCCGUUAAUCUCUUCAUGACUUUCUUCAUUGCUCAGAUUUUCCUGGCUAUGCUCUGCCAUUUCAAGUCUGGGAUUUUCUUCUUCUUCGCGGCAUGGGUCGUAGUCAUGUCAGUAUUCAUAUAUUUCCUGCUCCCCGAGACGAAGAACAUUCCCAUUGAGAAAAUGGAUAAAAUUUGGAAGGAGCAUUUCUUCUGGAAAAGGGUUAUAGGAGAAAGUGAAUACGAGGUGCCGGAAGACAAGAAGUUUGAGGCAGCUUAGUGUAGUAAAAGGGUGCCUAUAAUGCCCCAAGGGUGGUGUGUGUCCCUUGUUUUCUUCAGCAUCGAAUAAUGGUGUGAUCUGCUUCCUAUGAUCCAUGUUUAGAUAGUUCAAUUAAGCAGUUUGAUUUAACCUCCGUUAAUCUUUACUAGUGAAUCAAUUUUAUAGUAAGUGUAAUAUACUUUUCGUAUGAUUGAUAUACAAUUUAAAAAAAUUAAUCAA